AUGACAAAUAAUGAAAAACAAGCUGAUGAAAUAUUAGUAUUACAAUCAAUUUUUGAUCAAAAGUUUCGUUUAAUGAAUGAAAAUCAAUAUGAAAUAUUAAUUGAAUUUGAUUUAUCUACAUCAUUUACAAUUAGAUUAGACGAUAAAAUAUCUACGAUACAAUAUUUACCACCAUUAUCUUUGAUAAUUAAUUAUCAUGAUGAAUAUCCAAGUGAUGAUCCACCAUCAUUUAUUCUAUCAUGUUUUUAUUUCUCUAAAAUUGAUUUAGAAAAACUUUGUCAAAAAAUUGAUAAUUUUUCAUUUAUUCCAGGUGAAGUUUGUGUUUAUGAUUGGAUUGAAUUAAUAAAACAAGAAAUAACAAAUGAAUUUAUUAUUCGUACAAGUUUUGAAGAACAACAAAAUGAUCCACGAGCAUUAAAUGGUUAUACAAUUGAAAAUACUAAAAAAAUUUUUCAAUAUUUAAUUGAUUAUAAUCAAAAGCAUCAAGAAGAUGUAUUUCGAAAUCGAUUUCAAUCAUGUUCUAUUUGUACAGAUAUUAUUCCAGGUGUAGAUUGUAUUCGUCUUCAUCGUUGUGGACAUUUUUAUUGUCGUACUUGUUUGAAUCAUUAUAUUCGGAUGACACUUGAAAAUGGAAAAUUUGGAGAAAAUCUUCUUUGUCCACAAGAUCACUGUAAACAAGCUUUACUUCCAACAGAAAUAAAACAAACUAUUCAAAAUGAAAAAUUAUAUGAAAGAUAUGAACGAUUAACAUUACAACAUGGACUUGAAUCAAUGAAAGAUAUUGUUUGGUGUCCAAGAUGUCAAUCACCUGUUAUUAGUGGUCCUGAAGAUGAUAAUCUAGCUAUAUGUGAUCAAUGUCAUUAUACAUUUUGUAAAAAGUGUUAUGAAACAUAUCAUUUCCAAAAAAUAUGUCCUAAAGAUUACUUAAUUGAACAAAUGAAAUUACUAAAACAAAAAGAAAGAGAAGUUGUAUUAGCUCAAUUCAAUAAAACAAAAGGACAGAAAAAAACUUUGAACGAACAAAGAAUUGCUACACAAAGAUAUCGUCAUAUUUUUAUUAAACUAUCUGAACAAAAUACUCUAUUACAAGAAAUAUUAACUGCUGAACGAAUCAAUACAGAUGAUAUUCAAUUUUGUCCUGAAUGUCAUAUACCAAUCGAAAAGAAUGGUGGUUGUUCACAUAUGCAUUGUACACGAUGUAAUUUCGAUUUUACAUGGCAAACAACACAAGAACGAACAAAAACAUUUAUUACUCCAUAUUUGGAACAUAAUGAUUCCACAAAAAUUGAAUCUAUGAAAGAAGAACUCAACAAAGUAGCCUACUUAGUCGACACUCCUAUAGAAGAAAAACCAAAACAACAUGAAGAGAUACCUUCUGAUCAAGCACAUAAACAAGAACAACAGGAAAAUGACAACGACUUGAGCAUUUUAAUUGAUGAUGAAUCAACUAUUGGUUCAGUUAUACUCAAUCGAGUGACAACAUGUCCUAAUAAAGCAUGUAGAAAAAUUAAUGUAAAGAUUACUUCAGAUAACUGGAUGAUAUGCAGUGCAUGUAUGAAACAAUUUUGUUUUUUAUGUGGAUCUGGUGUAAAUGGAAUAAAACAUUUUGAGAAAAAAUGUUUACGAGUUACCCCAAUUUAA